AUGGCUGGAAUGGAUGGAGGAGUGGCGGCUAAGGGUAUAAGGAUGAUGGUGGCUGCGGCAAGGAAUGGGAAUAUAGGGUUGGAUGAAUUUCUGAAUUGUGGAGAGGUAUCCAAUUUGUUGGAAAGCAACUCUGAAUCAAGCUGGGGUAACAAGUUCGGCAUGUUUCUCCUACCUAUAUAUUACCAUAAAAGUAGUGAUCUUGAUCCUCUAGUGUACCUCAAGAGAGCUAAGUUGGUUCUUGAUAGCUUUACCAUUUCAAAUAUACUUGGCCCGCAAGAAGCAAUUGCAAUUGGGGGAAACCUUGUAACUUACCUUAAAGUGAAUACAUGUAGCCUACCCCAGGCACUUAUAAUGCACAUGGUGAGCUAUGCUGAAAGAGCUAACUUGCAAAUUUUGGUGGCCAAAGAUAUCUUUCCGGAUACAACAUUUCUCGCAAAAUGCUUUGAAGAGGCAUUGCUUGAUAUGAAGGAAGCAGCAUCCAGCCAUGAGUAG